GCACGAAAUCAGAGGUGAAUGUGAUUCUGGAAAUGUAUGGGAGCCGGUGUAAAUAAAAGGCUCAGGCUACAUGUUCAUAAACCGCACUUCACAUGCCCGUUACCCAAACACAGUUCAACACACCAUAAAUCUUUUUCCUCGCCAAGCAUAGGGGUACCAUAGUACGCUGAUCAUUUGAAUCAAUCUCCCAGGCACCCCUGCUGUCUUUGACCGCUAAUAUGCCUUCGGCCGAGACCUACACCACCUACCAUCGCACAACAUAUCCAUACAUUGACCCGACUCAGCCAAAGUUUUCUUGUGCUGGGAAAAAUGUACUGGUCACAGGCGGAGGAUAUGGCAUUGGCAAGGGCAUAGCGCGCUCCUUUGCCAAGGCUCGCGCUUCCAAUCUCAUUUUGCUUGGCCGUACGUCCUCUAUUCUCGAAGAGACCAAGGCUGAGUUGGAAGCGGAAUUUCCCUCCACGAAGGUUCACAUUUCCCCUGCCGACAUCACCGAUGCCGCAGCCAUCAAUAAGAUCUUCAAUUUCAGUGUCUCCGAACUUGGACAUGUUGAUAUAGUCGUCAACAAUGCCGCCUUUCUGCCUACCAUCAGUGCUCUCAAGGAUGCUGACUUGAAGAACUGGUGGCGCGGCUUCGAAGUAAAUGUUUUAGGCACCGCGACCGUGACACAGGCUUUCUUGAAAACCAAGCCGGCGGGACUUAAGGGCACCGUCAUCAGCAUCAAUACCUCGGUCGCCCAUUACGGCAUCUUCCCAGGUUACUCGGCCUACGUGGCGAGCAAGAUGGCUUCUCAGCGCAUGAACGAGUCUUUUCAGGCCGAAAGCUCCGACGUACGCUUUAUCAGUUUACAGCCUGGUGGGGUUGACACGGAGAUGUACGCCAAGUUCCACAUGCCGGAAGACUACGCUAUGACCGAUAUCCAGCUUCCCAGCGAUACCUGCGUCUGGCUGGCCAGCGACGAGGCCGAAUUUCUUGGGGGUAGGUUCGUGUGGACGAAUUGGGAUGCAGAGGAGCUCAUCAAGCGAAAGGAUACUAUCAUUUCAGAAAAGGAACUAACGAGCAUGGUGAAGCCAAUUGAGGGUGAUCUAUAUUAGAGCCAGCAGGUAGUUAAUUAAAUUAGCGGUUACUCUUGAAACUUUGAGUAGCGGGCAAGGUGUAUUAGAUUAUGCACAAAUGCAGAGGCGAUCCGUUGCUUGGUUCUAUAUCAAUAGUGGAUAAGCAAAUACGCGGGUGUUAAUACUUGCCACCCUCUGGUGUCAUCCCAUCCAUGUUCGGCUCCUG